GUUUAUAUAUUUCUAAGGAACUAAAGCAACAAGGCUGUUUGACAUUUAUUGGAUCAUUUGACACAGCAAGCAGCUCUGACCUGGAAAAAAGGCUUCUCCUGUUGUUAAUGCAAGACUUGUACGAGGAAACUAUCUGUAAAUCAGCUUCAGAAGUGAGAGAAGACAUCUUUAACUUCCAACAUGGGAGCAAGUGAAAGCACGACAUUUGGACCUUGCUAUUACAAAAUGAGCACAGAGGUGGACAAGUACCUCUACAAGUACAUUUUACCCAUCAUCUGCAUCCUGGGCUUAGUGGGGAAUUGUCUAGUAACCUUCACCCUGGCUGUUGGAAAGAAAAAGAUGAGUAGAAGUGAUUUCCUCCUGCUCAAUCUCGCCAUCACCAACCUGCUGUUUGUUGUGGUUCUGCUUAUCCUAUCCUUCCACGAGCAAGUCGAAUGGCUGAAGGGGGGAGUGGCCUGCAAGCUGUUGAAGGGCUCCUACAGCAUCAACCAAUACUGUGGAAUGCUGCUGCUCGCCUGGAUCAGCCUUGAACACGGCAUGGUAGUCGUAAACAAUAAUCUAAAGACGCCAUCAAAAUCGUUAAAAUUUAGCUUUACCGGCUGCGCCUUCAUCUGGGUCUUUUCUAUACUGGUUUCUAUCCCCGCCUUCCUCUUCUAUACCUCCUAUGACUCAAAGCCUAAAAUCAUCUGGAAAAACAAAACAAAAGACAAAGAGACCUCAAGCCCUUCUGAUUUCAUCUGUGGGUUAAAUUUUGAGGGGAGUAACUCGCCCAAUUUGACACGGUUGGCCAUUCCCAGCGUCCAAAUGGCUGUUGGCUUUUUCCUGCCUUUGUUAGUCAUUAUUUCAAGCUACACCUUAAUCAUCCACCAUCUGCAGAAAGAAAAGCUUUCCCAAACUGUGAAAAAUGGGCUAAAAAAUAAAGCAACUAAGAGGGCGAUUUAUGUCAUGGUCUUGUUUGUGGUCUGCCACAUGCCCUACAAUCUCAUUCUGCUGUAUGACACCAUCACCAUGUCCGACGAGAGAGAGUGUAAAGCAGCAGACGGUUUGCAGACGGCCUUGUCCGUUGCUCAGGCCGUGACUUGCCUGCAGUGCUGCCUGAACCCAGUGGUGUACAAUUUUAUGGGGGAAAACUUCAGGAAAAAGUUCCAGAAAUGUUGCUCAGCCAAAGGGAAAAGAAAAUAUGACUCAGCAAAAAGGUCAAGUCGGUUUCCAGGUACAGAACAGUUUUCAAUGAAAACAAUUAAAGAGUCAAAGGAAUUCUUAGACACCUAAUAUCUCUGAUCAAAGCCUUUGUUAGGG